CCAAGUUACCCCAGAAAUUCCGCAAAGAAAAUUCGUAAAACGGCAAAAUGCGGUGAUUUUCGUGGAAAAUUGGUUACAGUGUUAACCGAUUGAUGUUUUAAGCCCCCGUUCGAUCGCAAAGUGUGUUUUGUACCUUUCCCCCGAAUGUAGAUAACGCGAUAUUUUAAGGUUAAAUUGUUAAAUGUUCUUAAAUCGAGCCUGAAUUCUAUCGACUCCCGUAUAUAAGAUUUCACAAAAAUACUAGCGGUGCCUAUGCUGAUGUCUUAGUAUUCUCGAUACCAAUCAAUGAUAUUAUUACUGCGUUUAUAACUGUAGUUUACGCAAGUGAAAAUUAGUAUUUCUCUUUAGUGAUCAGUUAUCUCAAGAUGUCACAUUAUGCGUUGUUCAAUCUUACUAGCAACGACAACAAUAACAAUGAUCACAACAUCGGAGACAACAGAAAUAUACCAACAACAAUAUACAGGUGUAGAGCUCCUAUAGCGAGUCUGGACUGUAUGGAGGAAUUCAGCGCCGGCAGUGCCCUAAGCGCUCUGGCAGACAGACAAGACGGCACCAUCACGAAGGAGCAACUCCUGCUCAGUGGACUGUCCCAUUCCGUUCCUUCCGCUCCCCUGCAGCUGAACAGGCAAACCUCAGUGACCCCAGGACUUAGAUAUAGGAAUCUUGGAAAAAGUGGCCUUCGCGUAUCGAACAUAGGACUUGGAACAUGGCCUACAUUUAGCCCUAGCGUAACAGAAGAAAAAGCUGAGCAAAUCAUUGUACUAGCAGUUGAAAGUGGUAUCAACUUAUUUGAUUUAUCCGAAGCACAUUCUGGUACCAGAGCAGAGGUUGAAUUGGGGAGAAUUUUGCAAAGAAGGGGUUGGAAAAGGACCACGUAUAUCGUAACCACCAAAAUAUAUUGGAGUACAAGGUCGGACGAGAGGGGCCUGUCAAGAAAACACAUCAUAGAAAGUGUUAAGGCAAGUCUUAUGAGGUUGCAGUUGUCGUAUAUAGAUGUUGUUAUGGUGCACAAAGCUGAUCCCAUGUGUCCUAUGGAAGAGGUGGUAAGAGCAAUGCACUACGUUAUUUCCCAAGGUUGGGUUAUGUAUUGGGGUACAGCAAGAUGGUCCACAGUAGAAAUAAUGGAGGCAUACACGAACUGCAGGCAGUUCAACUGCGUCACUCCAAUCGUGGAACAAACUGAGUACCACAUGUUCUGCAGGGAGAAAUCGGAACUUUACAUGCCAGAGCUGUACAAUAAGAUCGGUGUUGGUUUGAUGGCUUGGUCUCCUAUUUCUAUGGGAAUGUCACAAGGGAAAGAAGAUGGUGCUAUCCAGCUAUUUUCGAGAGCCAGUUUCCGAAACAAAUAUAGGUCGUUUUCCUGGAACGAGGAUGAGACUGGACCUCUGAAAGAUAUUAACUACGGUUGGGUGAAAGAAAAAAUUCAGCCAGACGACACAAGAAGGCAAGGCGAGCGCAUGCGAGAACUGAGCGUACUCGCAGACAAGCUAGGCUGUUCCAUAACCCAGCUAGCCAUCGCGUGGUGCUUGAAGAACGAAUCGGUCCAGAGUCUGCUUCUGGGCGCCAGCACCCCUGAGCAGCUCUACGACAGCAUCCAGUCCCUUCAGAUAGUGCCCAAGUUGAAUGCCAACGUGAUAACCGAGAUCGAGAGAAUUCUGGAGAACAAACCCUCAAGACCGCCCAUGGUUUCCACGCUGGCGCUUAGAUGACAAUCAAUGUGCCCCCCAGGCUCGAUGAGCCAGGGAGGCACAACCAACGCAGAGAGCCCCAAGGGGGACGACCUGAGCAACGGCGGGGACUCGGACACAACCAAGGACACGGGCAAGCUGCCCUUCUGCGAGAUCCAGUGACAAAAAGUUACCGAGUUUGUGAA